AUGAUCCUGAGGCAUCUUCCAAUCAUCCUCGUGCAAUUCGUUGCACUGACGAGCAUCGCGUAUUCGACGGAAGUGCGGUGGAGUGUUUUAUCGUGGAUGUCGAACCAUGUUUGCGCUCUGAUCAUCUUCCCGGUGAGCACACAUCAAUGGUCGCUGUUGGGUUUGAAUCUUUGGCCGAGUCAGACCGUGGAAAGACCCUCCAACAAUUUUAACAAAAAUCCUAUCUCGAGGGUUCUGAAUUUCUUUCCAACCCCCGUGGAAGUGGAGUGUCUGUCCCAGGACAAACGGCGACGAGGACUAUGCAUGAACACGUAUGAAUGCCGUAUUCAACGAGGAAAAUCCCAUGGACCGUGCGCGCUCGGCUUUGGCGUGUGUUGCAUAUUCACGGCAAGCUGCGCGGAGGAGGUGCAAAAUAAUCUGACCUACGUGAUCAGCCCCGGUUUCCCCAACCUCAUUGACUGGCCCAUGAACUGUUCAGUGGUCGUACGGAAAAUCGAUAGGCAGGUCAGCCAGCUCAGGAUCGAUUUCGUCCACUUCAACAUAGGUCAACCUAACGCCAGGACGGGCGUAUGUGACGAAGAUAUCAUGGAAAUCAGAAAUAGCAGGAGCGUGUUCCAAAUGUGCGGCUGGAACAGUGGCCAACAUUUGUACAUAGACGUCGACGAGGAUGAUCGGCCAUUGACGUUGGACAUCCGGCUGCCGAAUGGUUUGCAGUCGCGAAUGUGGGAGAUACGGAUCGUCCAAUUGGCGUUCGAGCAACGAGCGCCGACCGGUUGCCGGCAGUAUUACCAGAGCACUAAUGGCACCCUGAAGACACUGAAUUAUCUGUCAAACGGGAGAUUUCUCGCUGAUCAAGAUUACCUUCUCUGCAUCCGCCAGGAGAGGGGAAUGUGCGGAAUCUCCUACGCCCCGUGUUCCCAAGACUCUUUUCGGAUAGGUCCACCAAGGAUGCAGAUCACGGACACGAAUGCCACGAAUGGGAACGUGUCAUCCAUUUCCGAAAACUCGGCCGUGAACUCGACUGCUCAGAAUAUGGCCAACAAUACGCAUUCGGUGAACGAUACCGAUGGGGUGAUCGAAGGAUCAGGAAUGGAUCCUGCGGGCGAGGGAGCUGGUUUCUCGAUGAACGCGUCGAGCCUCACGGAGCAAGAAAUGGUCCCCAAUAUUUCGCUGUACGGGCAAGAACGGUGCAGGAACAGGGUGCUGAUCCCUUGUGACUUCGAGGAAUUUAUUACGCCUGGAAACAACGAAGCUGGGAUUUGCAACCUCGAACACUGCGGUAGCUCUCUGUGCGAUCAAAAUCAGCUGGACGAAGAAGGGAACUGUCGCGUGGAAACUUGGGCAACGCCCUUUCGCAUAAGAGUCGCUUUUGGUCCUGGAUGGGACACAGGGACCACAUUGGAGGACAAUAUUGGCAUGUGCCUCAUGUACGAGCAAUUAUCCUGCGUGCCCUGA